CCUGUGGAGGUGUGUGUGCCAUAUCAUCGAACAAAAAGAAGGGACGUGGUGGUGCGGACGUUUGACGGACAGUUGUGGAGCACUCUGCCCACUGACCUACGAAGAGGGAGCGAGAGCCAUAGCAGUCACCCUGGGGGACGUCCAGCCAGGCUGGCCUGCUGCUCAGUGAGUCACUUCUCCUGGUUUAUGGUGGUGUCCCGUCCAGUAAAGAACAGUUGCUGUGUUACACCAGCUGGGGCCCUGCUGGUAUCCAGUGCUGACCCUGGAGUCAAGCUCCACUUCCCCCCAGACUCCACUGUGCAGACUCGUACAGUAACUUUACAGGUGCUGCAGGUGUCUGUGUCAGAGGUGCAGUCACUGUGUGGUGAUCCUCAGGCGAGAGUCAGCCCCCUCCUUUGUCUCUCCCAAACUCCCAGCAUUAAUUUUUUGCAGCCAGUCAAAGUUCAGGUCCCUCUGCCAUCUGGAGUCACAGGCCAUACAGUUGAUAUGUCCUGCUUGCAUCUGCUCCAUGGAGACCCCUCUGCCCAAACGUGGACUGACAUCACAUCACAGGUGUCUCUCUAUGUGACCCAUUUGUAUGCCAUUUUCUACAUCUCACAUUUCUCCUGGUACUGGCUGUGGUACACCACACGGCGCUGUGUUAGUGGGGUUGUCAGGAAGGUCUAUCAAAGGCUAAAACAGUUUAAAGUUCAGUUCCUCGUCCUUCAGCGGAAGACUGAUCCUUCACAAGUUCUACUUCAGUGCUUACCUGCUAACAAGAUAGAGGGCAGAGUGCAGUCCUUGUCAGAGCAGUACGACGGACCCCAGCCGUCAGACCUGUGUGACCUGCUGGAGGGAGAGCAGUUCUUCGCUGGCUUUGAGAGGGGCUUAGAUAUCAGCACAGACAGACCAGACUGUGUGGAAGGAAGACUGUGUUUUGUGUUUUAUUCCAGCCUGAAGAAUCUUAAGGAAGUGUACGUCUGUCCAGCUCAGGGUCAGAAGGGACCAGUGAGGGGACAAGUGUCUUUUUACAGAGGGGAGAUUCCCAGUGAACUGCCAGAGGAAGUUGCCAGAAAGAGGAAAGGACUUGACAACCAGUGGCUUGCAACAUUACCACUAAGACUUCCUGCACUCAACUCAGAGAACAGUUUCGUCAUGGAGGAGCUCCAAUAUCCUCCUCUGAACCUGGGCGACCCUGAGAGCGGCUACCUGACAGAAGCCAACCUGCUGUCCAUCUCUCUUCAGAUAGGACAGGACUGGCGUGUUAUUGGCAUCAAUCUUGGCUUGAGCUACCAAGAGUUGGACCGCAUCCAAUACAAGAACAGGGACAACCUUGGCGCCUUGGUGCUGGACAUGCUGUUUCACUGGGCCUGGACACAGGGGGAUGCAGGACCCGGGGCAGUGUCAAGGCUGGCGGCCGCUAUGAUAGAGAGCGGCAGAAGAGACCUGGCAGAGGAGAUCGAGGACAUUGUGAACAUAGGAAGGCGAAAGUACUUGGAGUCACUGAGGAGAGUAGGCCUGGAAGCAGAGAGCUCCUCCCUCGGUGAAACCCAGCAGUAGAUGAGCCCACGCUGGGUCCAGAUGGCGGACUUACACUUGAGUAACCUGUUUGUUUACAGUGAGGCCCCAUCAUCUCACCCUGCUGUCUAAACAACUGUCCUGGUGCACAGAAAGUCUGUCUCUGUCACAGUCAUGAUAGUCAGCUACCAGCUGGCAGCACCUUUCACAAGACUUACAGAGGAACAGGUGAAAUGGAUGAACUGCAUAAUGGCCUGUGGCUUGGUUUUUUACCACUUUUAAAAAUUGUGUCAGUAUACAAGGCAAGCUAUGGAAGUCCAUUUCUGCCAAGAAAAGAAAAACACAUACUAGUAAUGAUACAGGGCUAUGUAAUCAUUUUAACAUUGCAUGCAAUCAUUUUGACUCAAUCUGACAAUUUUGUCUUUGAAUUAGGGCUAAACAAUGAACUGCAAUAUUAUCAAAAUAGCAAUUUGGCCGAGUGCAAUGUCCAAAUCACAGCAGCGGCAAUUUUUAGAUAAAGGUAAAAUGUGUCACAGCAUAUUAUUAUAAACAAAGCAUUAUGGUGCUACAAACAUGUUUAAAUCAUAUUCUCCAGAUGUAAGGGAACAUGCUUGUUCGGUGCAGAUUGCAGCAAAAAUGACAUCAUCAUUUCUAUGUUUGGUUCAGUGGAAAUGAAUUUUGAAAACAUUACCAAUCCCACUAAAAUCAUCACUCAUAUUGUAUUUGCAAUAUCUGUCCUAUUUAUCACAAUGUGAUUGUUUUUAUCCCUGCUUUGCAUGUUAUAUUUUACAGAGCACUACUUUUGCUCUGAUUUCGCCUCAGUAUUUCAAAAGUUACAUUAUUGAAACAUAGCACUUUACAAGUUUGACCAAGUAUCAUGAUUUUAACUUUGUGUCUCAAAAUCUUUGUUUCAGUAUCUCAUUAUUGUGACAUCUUUAAUUUUAUCACAUCUAAGGACCAGUUCAUGCUUUCUGCGUCUGUGGCCACAAGCUGAUGUGCACACCGUUCUGUUCAACCUACAUAGGCCAGUGAUGGGCGAUUGCAUUGCUGCUUAUAUCAAACAGAGAAAAUCACACAGGGUGUCUGUGGAUGUUUUCAAAAGACAGGUUUGACUUUGCACUAUUCAUAGGAUAUGACAGCAACUGACAGAUUGGACUGUAGCACCAUGUCAGUGAUUCUUGAGAAUCUAGAACUUCCUGCUGUGUUUGGGUGCUGUCAAUGGAAAGCAUACACAAAUCAAAGCUCCUCCCAAGUCUGACAGCAACUACCUCAGUUACAACUCCUUUAAUAAUGAAUUAUAAAGGUGUGAAUGACAGAGAAUCUUCUCAUACUCCUCUUCUCACAACAAGUGUUUAUUUUCCAGGUGUUUGCAGUUUGGACAGUCUGCCUGGUCACAGAUUUUGGGUUGCAUGCUGACUUGGGUGGAUGACAGAAUUUACGACAUGCGUACCCUUGUGCACGCAUGGAAGCGGAAAGCUUUACAGCUUUCUUUUUUUUUCUUCCCUUGGCAGAAAUGGGCCUCCAUAACUUUCACAGGUACCUGUUCAGGCAGAGCAAACACUGGCAGCUGUGGGACUGUUCACAGGUCUGAGAGAUGCUCUGAAAGGGCCUUUUUUUUUUUUUUUUUAACAGCUGAUUAAAUUUCUUCCCUUGAGUGCCUUUAGUCACUGAGUAAUCAGCUGCAGCAACAUCUCAGUGGCACAUCAGGAUAUUUAAUUUUUGUAAUGUACAUGUUUAUAUCUGUUUAACGAGUAAAACUGAUAUAAAUUCUGUAGGUGUUGUUUUUUGUAGCAUUCUGCAGGGAAUCUGGUGGUGACUCGCAUUUAUUGCUGCACGCCCAACCUUCAUCCCUGAUAUUUCAACUCUUACCAUAUUGUUUUUUUCCCUAGCAGAAAUGGGCCUCCAUAACUUUCACAGGUACCUGUUCAGGCAGAGCAAACACUGGCAGCUGUGGGACUGGUCACAGGUCUGAGUGAUGCCUUUUUUUUUUUUUUUUUUACAGCUCAUUAAAUUUCUUCCCUGAGUGCCUUUGGUCACUGAGUAAUCAGCUGCAGCGACAUCUCAGCAGCACAUCAGGAUAUUUAAUUUUUGUAAUGUACACGUUUAUAUCCUUUUAACUAGUAAAACUGAUAGAAAU